UGUUUCCUUCGCUUUGCGAGAUAAUCCCGCAGCAAAGGAACCUAACGUAAAAUAGUUCGUUGAAUUAUUUUUUAAACAACACUUAAUAAAAAGAUGCUUCGAUCACGUUCUCAAAGCAGCUUGUAUGAGCAAGAAGCGAAGUUUGUACAAGAUCGCAUAACUGGCGUGGAAAAACACUUCGCCGAGCUGUGCUCAAUAUUUGCGGCGUUCACCAGAAAAGCUGCCAGAUUGCGUGAUAAAAGCGAUGAGGUGGCUAAAACAAUACAAACUUACGCAGAUUCUGAAGUCGUAAAUCGAUCAAUGAGCGCAGGCCUAGCAAAUUUUUCUGCAACAUUAUCAGUUAUCGGUGAUUAUAGAGAUGCGGAAGUACAAAGAUUGGAUUCCAAAGUGAUUGUACCUCUUUCACAAUACGCAAUGAUUUGCAAACAUGCCCGCGAUGAUGUAAAAAACACAUUUGCAGCACGCGACAGAGAACUUACAAGACGAAGACAUUUGGACAAAGUUCGAGAAAGAAAUCCCAGAAAUCGUCAAAUGAUAUCUCAAGCUGAGUCGGAGCUGACGAAAGCGUCCAUCGAAGUAUCCCGAGUGGUAAAAGGCCUGGAGGAACAAAUCGACUCAUUUGAACGACGAAAGUUGCACGAUUUGAAGUCUAUACUUUUAGAUUUUGUCACUGUCGAAUUGAGCUUUCAUACAAAAGCUCUCGAACUUCUGACCAAAGCAUAUCAAGAUGUUGCAGCUAUUGACGAAGUUAAAGAUAUUGAGGACUUUCAAAACGCGAGAGGAGAAAUGAACGGGGAAUUUCGAGACACAUUACGAGUUCCCGAUUCUGUUGCACGAUUAGACACAGUCGGCAGAACUUCAUUUCGACAGGCUUACUCGUUAACAAACUUAGCCACUCGAUUCGCAUCUUCGCCCUCGGCGUCACAGAAAUUAGCUAAUCGAGGAACCGAAUCUGCUGAUUCUAUACGAACUGCAUACACAAACUCUUCAGAGUCGGUUCAAGUUGAAGAAUAUCCAGAUAGCACAGAGGAAACGGAAUCAGAAUCAAUUCGAGAGAAGCCUAAAAGAGUGUCAAAACGCGCUGGAUACAAAGUAAAGAAACGCUUCAUUCUCAGACCCGUCCCAGCAAUUCCUACAUGUCAGAAGUCUUUAAUGUCAUCUAUAAUAUAUCGCAUACCUUACAGAUUGAAUCAAACAAAGUAAACAUUUUCUUACACUUGCAUA